AUGUCAGUUCUUGAUUUGGUCCAGAUUACAUGGCGGGUUAUAGGUGAUGGACAGUUAGCCACUGGAAAUGGCUCACAUGGCGGCCCUGACCCUAUACAUUCUGUUGGUCCACAAAGGGUUUUUGAAGCACAAUUGGCCUUGACCCUAACGUCUGGUAUUCUAUUGUUUCUACUAUUUUGUAUAAUGAGAUACAGGUGGCCUCAUAUAUACGCUGUUCGAACAUUGCGACAACAAGCCAAAAACGUUUUGAAACCGUUGCCAAAUAAUCUUUUUGGCUGGAUCAAAGUUGUUUACAAAUUAUCAGACGACGAUGUUUUGUCCUAUUCAGGCUUGGACUGCUAUGUCUACUUGUCAUUUUUCAAGAUGGGGAUAAAGAUUUUCUUUGUGUUGGCAAUAUUUUCGGUUGCCAUCUUGAGCCCCAUACGAUACUAUUUCACGGGAAACUAUGAUAAAGAGAGCAUCAGCCUGAAGCCAAAGAAUCCUGACCUUCACGAUGACUUCCCUAGGUUCUUAUGGGUGUACCCGAUAUUUACAUAUUUGUUUUCUGUGGUUGUGUUUUACUACUUGUAUGAAUACACCGAUAAGGUGUUGAAAACUAGACAAAAGUAUCUAGCAUCACAGAACUCCAUUACAGAUCGUACAAUCCGUUUAGAUGGGAUACCGAAAAAGUUGUUGACCAGAGAACGGAUCAAAAAGUUUAUUGAGGAUUUGGGUAUUGGAAAAGUAAUGGACGUCAAGUUGAUAUACGACUGGACCCCACUUGAAACCAAGUUUGAUGAGCGAAAGAAGUUGAUCAAACGACUUGAAUACCUGUAUGCGUCUGAAUAUAAAAUGGAUAUAAACAUCUACAAUCAGCAACGUAUACCCGCUGUCAACCCCGAAUGGAAUGAACCGCUAGAUAACCCAAAGGCCAGAGAGCUGAUAAACCAGUUAUCAACUGAGCUUGUGGAGCUUGACGAAGCCAUAAAAUCAAUCCAAAACAAGUUUGACCCUGAAUCGACAACUAUUGAUGCAAAACAGCAUCCAGAGUUUAAAGUUGUACCGUCUGCAUUUAUCACGAUGGACUCGGUUGCUUCAGCCCAAAUGGCAGCACAAGCAAUAUUGGACCCUCGAGUGUACAAGUUGAUUGUGAGUUUGGCACCUGCUCCGCAAGAUAUAAUAUGGGGAAGCUUUAAAUUACAGUACCGUGAAAAGCUUUUGAAGUCUUAUUUGAUAACUUUUUUGAUAGUGUUGAGUUAUGGAUUUAUUAUAUUCUUGGUUGUUCCCUUGACAUCUUUGCUCGAUUUGAAAACUAUUACCAAAUUCUGGCCUGCUGUUGGUCAUUUCAUUGGCAAAUCCAAGUGGUUGACAACAUUUGUCACUGGUAUCCUUCCACCAUUAUUAUUUACGUUGUUGAAUAUUCUGUUUCCAUACUUUUAUCGGUACUUGUCACGAUUCCAGGGGUACUCUUCCAACAGUGAACUUGAGUUGUCGACCUUGUCCAAGAACUUUUUUUUCAUAUUUUUCAACUUGUUUUUGAUUUACAUUGCUGCAGGUACAUUUUGGGACUAUAUGUCGUACAUAAGUGACACAACCAAGAUUGCGACUCAACUCGCAACGUCAUUGAGACGCAUGUCAUUGUUUUAUGUUGACUUGAUUUUAUUGCAAGGGUUGACUAUGUUUCCCGUGAAGUUGUUGCAAGUAGGGGACCUAUUCCAAUUAAACGUGAUUGGAAAACUCUUUUUCUUAAAGUCGUUCAUUUUAAAAACAGCUAGAGACUACAGGUCAUAUUACUUCACCCCACAAAUAUUAGAUUUUGGGAUUAACCUACCACAGCAUAUCAUGAUCUUCAUGAUCAUUUUAAUCUACUCGGUUGUUUCCACAAAGAUUGUCACUUGCGGGUUAAUCUACUUCAUCUUGGGAUUGUUUGUUUACAAGUAUCAAUUGAUAUACAACUUUGUUCACCCGUCCCACUCCACCGGUAAGAUAUGGCCAAUUAUCUUUCGUCGUGUUAUCCUAGGGUUAAUAAUUUUCCAAUUGUUCAUGUGUGGGACGUUGGCUUUGGAUAGUGCAAUUUUGUUGUCGUUGUUGUGUACGCCACUUAUAUUUGUCACACUAGGUGUCUUGUACAACUUUGAAAAGAAUUAUGUGCCACUAUGCGAUUUCAUUGCUUUGAGGGCUAUAUUGAAUCCAUAUGAUUUCAACAAAUUAUUCGAGAAUGACGACCAGCUGUUUAAUUCUGGUGAUAGUCAAAGUGAACAAGGCUCAACCUCUGCUAUACUAGAUGAUGACGAGGACCAAGAAGACGGCAAUGUAUCGAUGACAACAAAUGAUGGAGAUGGACCUUUAGAUGAAUCGUCUUUCUUGAAUACUGCGGACGACGAUGGAGUUCCGGAGCCAGUUAAUGGAGAGAGUUCACAGAAGAAACUUUCACGAAGAAAGUCAACCAUUGAUGAGGAACGAGAACAAUUUACUGAUUAUACAUACCCUCCUUUGAUUGACCCAUUGAAUGGACCAUGGGUUGGGUUCACUGGUAAUGUAGUGUCAAUUGUGGAAUAUCGCGGUGAUGUGCAAAACAUUCUAGAGCAUGGUCGCUACGGGUCUACAAACGAUGGGACUAUUAUUUCAUCAACCGAAACGGAAGUAGUUGUUAACAAAGUGAUAUCGGUAAGUGAAUGGGAGUAA